GCGUACAGGACAGUGAUGUCCAAUGGCGUGUUGAGCAUACUGCAGAUCUCUUAACAUUAUUGAUAGUGUUCACUGUGCCUGUCUUCCGACCAGCAGUCUUUUAACCAUCAGGGCUACCAGCGCAGGUUCAUGUGUGUGUGUGCUUUGUCAAUGAAUCUCGACUCUUUGUCUCGUCAAAGGGCGUGUUUCCCUCGGCUGUCGGUCUGUUUGUAGGCCUACUAUACCACAGGAUUGCUCCAGUUGAGCUAGCUCCAGUGUAUCCUCCUGACCUGUGAGUGCUGACCCCCCUGUUCACCGGAGUGCUUACUGCAGCCAGAGCCAGCGGGAUGGAGGAGGAGGCCAGGUGCUUCCUGGGGAGGUUUGUGGAGGAGUUCCCUGCUGCUCUGGAGGAAGGCAGUCCACUGCCUGUCAGCCCUCUGAGUCGAAAAGUGUCUCUGGACGAGCUGCAUGGAGAGAGCCUGGAGCUCGGCCUGAAGCUACUGGCUGCCAGGGGUGCUCCUGCAGGCCUCAGUGCCCUGCUGUGCCAGGCAGCGCUGUCCCAACUGCUGCAGAACGACCUCUCACCUUUUCACUGCUCCCAGGAAGCUGACAGCCAGGAAGAAGAACAGCAAGUAGUCUUGCUUCAGUCAGAGGCAGUCCAACGUCUCUUCAUCAACAAGCUGAUAGAUGUGGCGCUGACAUGGCAUCAGAACUUCCCUAAGCCCCCUCCUUCUCCCUCCCAGUUCCUCCGCUGCUCCGUCCAUGCCAUCAAGAACACCAGGAGAAAGAUGGAGGACAAACAUGUCACCCUGGCUGAGUUCAACCAGCUCUUUGGAAUCCAGGACGGAGUGGAGCGUGCCUACUACGCUGUGUUUGACGGUCAUGGAGGGGUGGAUGCUGCCAUCUACGCUGCCACUCACCUCCAUGUUGCUCUGAGUAAACAGGAGACACUGCAGAGAGACGCAGCCACAGCCCUUAAAAGUGCCUUCAAAUACACUGAUGACAUUUUCAGAGGCAAAGCCAAGAGAGAGCGUCUGCGGAGUGGCACUACAGGCGUGGCAGUGCUAAUCCAGGGACAGGAGCUGACUGUGGCCUGGCUGGGAGACUCUCAAGCAGUACUGGUCAGAAAGGGACAGGCUGUUACACUCAUGGACCCCCAUAAACCAGACAGAGAGGAUGAGAAACAGAGAAUUGAGGAUCUUGGUGGCUGUAUCACUUUCAUGGGUUGCUGGCGUGUUAAUGGCACAUACGCUGUAUCCAGAGCUAUAGGUGACUUUGACCAGAAGCCCUACGUGUCUGGAGAUGCCGACUGCUCAACAACCCAGCUGUCCGGGGACGAGGACUACGUGCUGCUAGCAUGUGACGGCUUCUUUGAUGCCGUAAAACCUUCAGAGGUCCCACACAUGGUCCUGGAUGCACUCCAGCGGUCUGGUGACCCUGAGGGUGGGGAAGAUGCUCCGCUGGAACAGUCUGAGGACACUGUUGGACUGAGAGUUGCUCAACAGUUGGUAGGUCAAGCUAAAGCAGCCGGUUCUACUGAUAACAUCACAGUGAUGCUGGUGUUCCUGCGUCCACCACAGCAGCUGCUUGCUCAAAACUCUACCACAGUACCUGCAAAAGCUACUCAGGACUCUACCUCCCAAGAUGCACCACAGCAGUGAAGAAGGAGGUCUGCAGCCCAGACACCCCUGUGCCAAGCUACUGCCCAACUCAGCAUUUCUCAGCCUAUAAUUGUCUCCAGCAGCUGUCAGACAGACUGACAACACUCAUUUGAUGCUAACAGCAGGCUGCAGUCACAUCGUGUCACUGCUUUGGAGGAAAAGUGUUAAUUAAACUAUUUAAACAAAAAGAUUUGAAAAGGUUUGUAAGAACAUGCAGGGCCAGAUAUCUGUGUUCCCAAAGCAACAAUGAGCUGUGGGACCCAAAAAUGUUUCUUGAUUCCAGACACCAACCAGCAUCCCUACAUUGGAAUACUCGCCGCCCCAGGUCUGCUGUGUGUCAAUUGGCUUGUUUUUAGUUAAAAAUUACUUAAUUAAACAUCAAAGUAUUUUAAAAGGAUAUGCACCAUUUGAGCAUCAAAUCAACUUUUUGUGUAUGUAAUUGCGUGUAUAUAAAAGCUAUUUCUCCUAAGUCAUUUCAACGGUGCCUUUACCAGUCAUGAUUAUGAAAUGCCUCGGAAACCCCUCAUUCUGUUCUGUGCUGCAGAUACCUUCAGGAUGGACAUGAGGGAAGUUAAUCCUUUAAUCCUUUUAGUAGCUAAUGUCAACUUCAGUCUAUACAUUGCCUGUCAGCCUUCAGCAACUGUUAUCAGUUGAUCUCUAAUGCCAAGCAGUAUGACUGUUAAAGGUAUUGUGCACUGUGCACCAUGCAUAGAAUGACUUGGAUUAAUGGAAUGCGUCACCCACAAAAUGACCAUUUGUAUAUCAAUUACUCAUUGCGUGUUCUCUAAAUUCAUGAAGAAAACUUUGAUUUUAUUGCAUGUCUCCAUGGUGAGCGGAGAAUCCAAAAAAGAUGAACAUCCUUCAUGAAUUUAAGUGAUAACUUGGUCAGUAUAAUCAAAAUGUCCUUUAUCCAGCCAUAUGCUCUGUACUUCCCAAACACAUGCAUUUCUCUUGCAUGACUCCAGAGUGAACGGAGAAUCCGAAACAAAAAUAAACAAGCCACGUUUGAAUCAUGUCAGUUCACACAGUCUAGUGCAUGCCUGAGUAGCUUGCCUGGCAACACGCAUACAUUUGAAAUCUGCUCUAGCAGAGCUCAUACCCAUGCUUAUGCUCAGGCACACUAAGGGCACACUGCUUGUAGACAAAAGUGUUAUAUUUUGUAACAGCUUAGUAAAAAUGCAUGUGUUUGGGAAGCACUGAGCUUACAGCUGGAUAUACAGUAUGGGAGUUGGAUUAUAUUGCACGGAUGGAUGUUGUGAUAUGGUUUUGCUGUUUUAAAUGCUGCCCCCAAUGACUUCAGUCCAUGCGAGAAAAACAGUUUUCCAUACAAAUCAAGGUAACGCAGGGUAAGUAACUGACGUACAAACGGCCAUUUUUCUGUUGAAUUAUUCCUUUGAAUCAGUAAGUUUUGCUGUAUUUUUGGAGGAUUAGUAAACUGAUGUAGUUUAUUUUGAAUCUCUGAAGUACAGGACCAGCUAUUUCUGGGCUUCAUCCUGGAAGAACAGAUGGCAAAGGGAUCACAGAGAGGAAUAGUUAGUGCUUUUGUUUUGAAGGAGCUCUGGUGUUACAAAACUAACUGCAUAAGCUUAGCAUGCUGACGUAAGGGAGUAUUGAUGUGGAACAUGUUGCUUGAUUUACUGGACAACAAACCGAUAGUAUUUCUGACUGCUGUGUUUUGCUUUGGUUUUAUGUCUUUAAAGAUAAACUAUGCAGGGUCUGUCUGUUACCGUUUGUAAAGACAACAUUAGAGCUUGGCCCCUCCUCUGUACGCUGAUACUUAAGCAAACUAUGUAAGAUGAGCACCAGCACCUGUUCAACAGACGACAGACAAACUCCAUGCUGCUCUUCUUCCCCAGGCUCUCCGUCAGUGCUUGCCAGCGUAAGUGAAUGUGAAAGCCAACCCCAUAUAAUUCUAAUGGCUGCCUUUUUAAAAUAGCGUUCCCACGAAUCCUUAAAAAGUCAUUGAAUUCAGUAAUCUAAAAUGAAGGCCUUGAUUGGUAUUAAAAUGUCUUAAAUCAGUCUUUCAAAAGUCUUUAAAAAUGCAAAAAAAAAAACAAAAUCAAACUCUGCACGAUGGAAAUCACUGAAGUGGAAUGCCACAUGUUGAGUGAGAGACAUAAAAAAAUGCCAAGAAAACCAGAUAUUUCUCAAUUCUGUCCUACCUCAGUCUCCGCCAUAAGACAAAAAGUCAUGUUUUAUGUUACGACAAAGAUUCAGGCAAUCCUAAUUGAUGUUUGUUCAUGUUUUCUAAUAUUUCAGUCAUUGUAAAAUUGGUCUUAAAGUCAUUUCAACUGACAUUAAAAAGUUUUUGAAAGUCUUAAAUCUUACUUGCCUUGAGCUGUCUGAACCCUGGAUAACAUCCCAACCUCACCUGUGUGCUGUUAGUGGCUGGGGGCUACACACCCAAAGCCCAAAGCUUGCAGCCCAGAAUUGUGCCAACCAUCACGAAUGGAAGAAAAUCCAGGCAGAAGGCAGUCUCUGCAGAUAAAUACACUUCUAGUGGGUCGAAAGUGAUGAUUGAGAGGGAUCACUUUGGUAUGACUACACAUAGUUUUUUUUUUUUUUAAGAGAUCCUGCAUAGUAUACCUUUAAUUAACAGUUCUUAAUAAUGUCUUAUUGAGAACAUUAAUAUGGAUAUUUCUCUGUUAAUGACUUUGAGAUGUAAUAUUCUGUAUCACUGACAAGAUGUUGUGCUGUUUUCUAAAAUAUUUAAUAUCAGCAGCUGAAUAAAAGCAAUGAGAAUUAAAAA